UUGGUCUUUCUCGACCUUUUCUGUCUCUUCUCUUCUCUUCUCUCGCCUUUGCGUUCUAUCAUUCACGAAUUGAAUCGUUGCUGGUCAACUAACGAACAAAUCUUUUAAUCACGAACCCACCUCCACUUCAUUUGCGCAAGCGACCCUUCGACCCGGAAACACUACCCUUGUCGACCACCAUCUCCCUCUCCUCGUUUUACACCCACAAGCAAGAUGGGAGCGAAUUUGUCCUCAGCCAUCAUCACACACGUCGACACGUCUUUGGAUGUCAUCAGUCCGCAAGAUGCCUUCAACACAAGGAAUAUGGCUCUGCUUUGGCUUGGUGCUUUUCAGGGCAUUAUGAUGAUAUUGGCGACCACACUUCUAGUCGACCGAUGGCGCGGACCGCAAGGAACAUCGAAAGUAGGCUUCGUGUCGGUGGUGGCGGCGCUCAUCUUAUCAGCUGCGUGGCCGGUGAUCUUUCUGUACAUGAUAAUGGCUGGAUAGGUGAUUUACACUUGGUGGAGGAAGUUGGGUGGAGUGGAAGGGGUGGUGGUCCGGGAGGGGUGGGCAACAUUAAGCAUCGACCGUUGGUGAGGGAAACAUUGUACGAAUUCAAGAUCAAAUGGAAGGGAUGUUGGCGAGAUAGAUUGCAGGAAUGACAGGGACUCGCACUUCAGCAUAAUCGUUGUGCCACAAAGUCCACAUCUGUUCCGACGAAUUCUCUCUAACGGACGAAUAUCUCCGACUCAUAAUGUCAUUGUACAAG